GGUUUAUGUUUUUAGAAGUGUAAUACAAUAAAAAUAAAAUAUUACUAUAGAAAGCAGUAUUUUAAAAUAUAUUUGCAGUUUAUCAGAAGCCUUUUUUCCUUGAUAUGCAUAGGCUGAUUAGAUAAAUGACAUUCUUGACCACUGACAGAUUUUCAGUGAAUCCUAAAUCAAAAUCCUCUUGUCUUGAGUUGUGCUUUACUUCUAGUAAGUAUUUAUUUAAAAUUGUAAACAUUUUUAGGUAUUGUAAAAUUACCAAAUCUGUUUUAUACUGAAUAUAUCUAACUGUGUGACUCUUUUCAAAGCAUUCUGCAAGAUGAGUCCUCUUAAGGUGGUUACAGUCCAUAAGAGCAUGCAUUUUGAAGAUGGAGAAAAGCAUCUAAAAUGUGGAGAAGAGGCUGUGACAGAUGAAGAUAUUGAGGAGAAUGAUUGCAUUGGCUCUGAAAACAUGUCCAGCAAGAGACAGGAGGCAGUGACGUACACACAGGAGCUGGGUGAAGAAGACACCGUAGAAAACGAAGACCCUCUCCAGCACAGUAUGAGUGACGUGAUUUACCAUGUAUCUCCUCUGGAGUCCAUUAAAGAGCUGGUCGAAAUGGAUGGGAGAGAAGAGGAAGUGUCUACAAUUGAAAGGUGCCCAGGAGAUGGGGCUUCCAAGAUCAAAAAGAAGGUUGCUGAUGGAGAAGUCACUGAUCCUCAGGAAGAAGAGGAGAACCAUCUGGCAAGUAUGGGUGACUCAAUGCAAGCAUAUUUAGGAGCUCUCCUUGGUGAUAAUGGAGGUGUUUUACUUGCAGAUCACGCCUAUACAAACAUUGAUAGUGCUCACUCUGACCAUAUCACUCCUGGAGGUGAGGAAGACCAUGGUACUGUGGGUGGACUGCAAGAGGAGGUAAGCUGGGAACAAAUUGUUGCAUCAGACUGUAAGGGAGUGAGCAAGGCUGUAGAGGAGCAUUGCCCAUCAAUCGAGAAAGUGAGUGAGGACAACUUUUGGCAUGUUACAAAUUCUACAGAUUGUAGGCUGGAUUGUGAUUCUCUUGGGGAAUUGCAGGCUCUCAAGCUAAAGCAUGCUUCACACCAGACUGAAAUAAACAGACUGUGUGCAGAGCAGAAUGACUCCAAAGUGAGGAUAGGGGAGCUGCAAUCAGAGCUGAACACUGAGAAGCUGAAAGACGAGGGCCAUGUCCACAGAAUCAGGGAGCUGGAAACUGAAGUAGCUAAUAGUUCUCUAAUUGAAGUGCUUACUGAGUGCAAGUCGAAGGUGGAACAAUUGGAGGAGCUACAAUUUUCAUCACAACAACUGGCCAUUCAGCUUCAAGAGGUGAACAGGAUCGUGGUCCACUUGCAGAAAAGAAUUGAAUAUCUGGAGGAAGACAAGAAUAAAAAACUUGUGGAUAUUGUUAAACUGACGCAUGAGCUGGCAGAGACCAGGGGAGCUUUGCUGACAAAGAGUGAGGAGAUGGAGAACACCAAGGCGCUGGUGCGGACCUUGAGCUCGGAGCUCAGAAACAACCAGGGUCACUUGAACAGCCACAAUAGCACUCAGUCUCGGAGAAAACCCCAAAAAGAUGGAAGCGAUUCCAAAGUCUGUGUGCUCUUGUGAUAACAAAUCAGCAGCACCCUGCCCAAAGUAAGCUAGUGGCACAAACUGUUCCGUUGCUGUGACUGUAAGAGGGUUGAAGGGAUGAGUAAAAGUUUAGAUCAUAAAGACUGCAAGUAAUUCUAAAUCUUGUGUACAUAGCCUCAUGUUUCAAGUCCUUCGGGUGUAGUGUUCUAGCUUUUUAUUUUUAAACGCUUGACAUGUUUGAAAGUUGAAAAGGGACAUAUCAGCUGUGUAGGUGUUUCAUGUAAGAUAUGAUCAGUAUCAUCAAAUGAAAAUGCAGGUUCUGUACUGAAGGGUAGUGCAAGGGAAGCUAUAAUCGUGUGAGCCAUUGGUACACCAGUGGUAACUUUUUAUUUUUAUAUCAAAAAGUUUGAACCAACACGCAAGCAAUCCAUUGCAUAUUCUUCAGAAUAAUGCUGCAUCCCAAAUACUGCUAGGUUCAAUAACAGACCUUUGAGCUCUUCUUUUGAUGAUUUUAAUGGAUUAAGGAUACAUAUGUACAUA